CGGGAAUAAUUAAAAGCAACACCAAAAAAGACAAAAAACAACGAGCGGGACAGAUACAUGUAGCUCCGCCCACGCCACAGCCCAUAAUGGCCGGCGCGAUCAAAGACCUCAUCGAGCUUCUGCUAACGGAGAUUGCGAUCAACGGCACUGAUGGCGCCUCGCUAGCCCAGGUCUGGGAAUGGGUGCGGUCUUUCCACCAGGAUGAGGCAUCUGGUACUUCCAACUUUGUCUUGGAUCGAGCACUCAUGGAGGAUCUCUGGCAGUGGUUGACCCUCAACCCCGAAGUCCGUGCUGGCCGGGAUCAAGAGUACAACGGACUCGCUCUAUCCGAAGUAGAACUCCUCGAUACAGAGUCUCACAACCUUCGUCUCUUCGUUUCCGAGGAUCGUACUUGGCGAGCCUUGACCGGACACGAAAAAGAUGAGACUAAAGUCCCUGCCAGCGAAUUCGAUUUAUUAUCAAUCGUUGCUUCCUGUAGAUCCCAGGGAAUAUUGCAGACCGACCUAGUUCGCCGCAGUGGCCAGGACAAUCGAUCCGUGCCAAAACGUACCGAUGCUCUCCACACCAAAGGCUACAUUGACAAGCGUCAGGUGCAAGCCAAAUCAGCAAAAACUAGCCUCUGCGUGUUUUCAAGAUUCGCGCGUCCCGUCAGCUUUGACAAUGCAUUGGCUCCUUCAAUGGACGAGCAUAGGCCACCGACUCAAGUCGUCGAUGUCGAUUCAUUCGCCCAGAAUCUCUUCAGAGUGCUCAGGCAACAUCAGAUCAUCUCUCGAAACGACUUGAAGGAUGAGCUUGGCUUGAAAGAUCAGUGGCGAUGGCGUAUUCUUAGCAAAACUGUUAUUAAAUUCGAAGCCAUCGGCUGUGUCCGACGGGUUAGGGCCCGCUCACAAUUUCAUGAUGCUAUGAAGGCAUUGCAUCCGUGCGUCCUAAUGCUUCGAGAACCCACUGAUGCUGAUAUGAAGCUUUUCAAAAGCGAUUACAAAACCCUCUUCCAAUCCAUCGACCAAGACGUCGCUUCCACGGCCGAUCAGGAUAGUGAAGAUAUUGAGGAAUCAUCUGAACUACAGACUUCGGAACACCAGGCAAUUGAGUGGACCCCCGAUAUCAGUGUGCCCAAUUUAAUCGCAGACAUUAUUUCUCGAAGUGGAAGUACUGGGAGAACCAAUGCCCAAGUUAUCAGGGAGGGCUUCGGCAAGGGUUUCCGUCGUCCCAGCGAGAACACACUGAAUCGGAUGUCUGAGGGCUGGCAGCUGUCACAACCAUCUCAUCUGAAACAUGGCGCCAUUAUUAGAGACACCGCCCAAAGUGGUACCAUUACACAUUAUGUGCACUAUACGUACCCCCAUUUCAAAGAGUUAGUCGAUAGUGGUCGGACCGGUUGGGAGGCAGUUGCUUUUCGUCCCAGAGAUGCUCGGAGCUCUAGACUAGUGUUACCGCCGCCUGACGCGCCUUCGACGACGGAUGAAGAUGGCUUAGCCCCCUUUGCAGCUCCACGAAACAAAACAAGCGAACGAGAUAUCUAUUGUGUGGUGGCGUCUAAGGGUCUUACUAGUUAUUCGGAAACAAAAAGUGAUCCCAUAGCAAUAGUCAAUGAGGAAGGACAACUAUUUGCGUUGUUUCAACGCGAGCACGGACGGUCCACGAACUUGGAAAUUAUCGGCGAAUCUCAACCAGGCUCAACGGCAGAAGAAGUGCCGCAAGAUGAAGAUUUCUCUGGCUCAUCUCACAUGCAAAAUUCUACUAUAUCACUUGGAAAGAUGUCGAAAGCGGAAAGAAUAGAGGCUGAGCUUAAGAAAGGUACCAAGACUGCGAAAGAAGUCUUUGCUAAUUUUGGUAUGGAUGAAAGUUGGACCCAUGUCGCGGUUCGAUUAAUGGAACGACCCGGUCCCGGUGUCUAUCUCACCUCGAGGGGAAAGGCGCGGCCGGCUGGAAAAAGACAAGGUCGACCCAAGGAAAGUCGUAUCGCAGUAUUUAAGAGCCCAACGCUGGUAGACUUUCUCAAGUCAUAUAUACAAACGUCAGGAGAUCUUGACCAAGCUGAAAAUACUACGUUGCUUGUCGCGGCGGAGCAGGGUCCCGAGUCAGUACUCACGACAUCGACGCAAUUAGUAGAGGAACCACCCUUGUCCAAUCAAGCCCAGACAGUACCACAAAAAACGCCUACAACGUCUAGCAAACAAAUAACUGCAGCUGUCGCCAUAUCUGCACAUGUUACAUCAGCAGACAUGAUGCAGAGCAAUGUACAGCCUACUGCACCUCCUGAUACCCAACAGUCAACCACUUCGGAAACACAUAAGCAAUCUCCAGCACCCUCCCUAUCACAAAAAGAUGCCUCGAAAGGCAGUUUUGCUGCAGAAAGUUCUUCUACAGAUUAUUCAUCUUCUACACCAGCUAAUCUUGCCGCUGAAUUUCGGGUUAAUGAGGUCGAAGUACAGACUAAAAUGGCUAUUCCGAAAAGCAGACGUUUUGAAAAAGACGGUUCAGUGGCGCGUGAGAGACGUAAUAUCGUUUUAACUCUCAUUGAACAAGCAGGGGGGGCAUUCCCUUCCAGCAGCGAACUGUGGCAUGCAUUUGCGACUGUCUGGAUCAAACAUCACAAACACAGCGAGAAACCGGAUUCGCGAACUGUGAAGUCUGUAGUAAAGUAUCUUGUUGACGCUGGGAAGCUCCGCCAAUUAACAUUUAGCGGGAGAGGUCCGAAGGGGGAAAUGGUCACUCGAACUCUCGUCGUGGAUCCAGCUAUCAACCCCACCGAUCCGGUAGUAAUAAAUCUCCAGGAACAAAUGUUGAAGUCUAGCUAUUUUAUUCCCAACAAUAUUGAGAUAGAUCCCGAGAUCGCCAAGAUUGUUCGUGGUGGAACCGGAGCUCCAUCAGGGGUUUAUACAAAAAUCGCGCCUGUCGAACCUGCAAUGACGGUGAAACUUCGGAACAAACCAGCCUUUAUUAUCGCACAGGAGAAAAGAAGAGAGGAAGUUAAUCAGAAACGUCUACUUAAGCCUGUUAGGCUCAUGGGUAUUCAUCAGAAUGGCAAAGUUUUAGAUUCGAAGGGUAUGACCUCGUUUACGAGACCAGCUAAGCGGAAACGAUUAGAGGGACCUAUAAAGAAGGUCCCCAAUAAAACCCAACAGAAACCCCGGGAAUCUUACUGUUCGAUAGAGAUGGCUGAAUCCACAAACAUCGAGCACCCCUUGUCCCAGCCGCUAGAACGUGCUCUCGCGGACGUAAGACGGCGCAGAUAUGAUAUCUCGGCAGCUGUCGAGUCUCCCUAUCAUCAAUUUGUCCAUGAAAUUGACUAUGUUUCACAUUGGGAGAUGAUUAACCAGAGAGCGGUACAGGCCCGGUCUGAUCAGUCAGCUAGCAACCUAGCAUACGUUCACCACGCUGUUGAAGAGCCAUUCGAACAAGUGCCGAUAGACGGUUUCAUACAAUUUGAUAUCGACGGUGCGGGGAGAAGACAACGUUCGACGGCGAAGGCUCGGCGACAGAAGCGCUCAACGGCGUCUGCAACAAAGCUGUUUAAACAGCCAGCAUUGCAUAACUUCGAUUCACAUGAAAUUUCCACACAAGCUAGGCUACAACUAUUGGAAAGUACUCCGCCAGUGAUUACCGAACGCCCUGAAUACGCCGUCUACUCGUUCCCUCCGGCUGCUGAUUUAGUGAAACCAUCGAUCGGACGUCGCAGGCAAAAGGGUCUCAGAGACAUCGGUCCUCAAUUUGUCGACAGGCUUCGACACGCAAUAGUUCUUGUCAGGAUUUUUUCAGGCGGUUCAUAUGGCAAGAAUGUUGAUUGGGAUCUUGUAGAGAACGCGUUUCCGAGGGAAUCCACUGGUUUUGUCCGCCGCAUUGGUAAACUACUACUGAACCGUGAUCGACGUCAGUUAGCACAAAUGCAGGUCGAAAUUCGUGAUGGGCUACUUGAUGAAUAUCGAAAGCCCAACUGCGCGUUGCCAAGCAUCAACUUCACUAACAUGGCAGCUUAUGAUUGGGAUGCUGUAACAACAUGGGCCACUACACAACAUCACACACCACCAACACAAGAGGUGCCAAAUCUGCCAGGUUCUAGGGCACAUUUCGAAGGGUUACAUGAAUAUCGUAUUGCUCAACCUGGCGAUCAAUUUGAGACCAUAUACACCCCAAAUCCGUCGAUAACUAUUGCGAAACGAGAGUCAAUGUAUUCUGCGAAACCAUAUCUAGACAUCGCUACGAUGGAUACCCAAAGGAUAAGACAUGGCAGAGGACAGAGAGACUUGAUAGACAACGCAAAGUGCUGGAUACUAUCCAACAUUAUCGCAAAGGAGGAAACAUACAACUCUGUCGAUGCAAAACAAAAGCUUUCGCGAUUCCCGAGCGAUGCUAUUGACGAAGGCACGAAAGAAUUAACUCGCGACCGUUUGAUUAUGCAAGAUAACCGUGGCCGCGUUAUUCCGGGACGUAACUUCAGCUUGACAGAUAAUUUUUAUCAUGCAAUUGGGCGCAAGAGAUCGAUUGACCUAGACAUGCUCAAACAAGCUGCACAGUUCAAACAAAAACUCGACGCGGACUUCAAAAGCGACGGUAUAUCGCAUAUCCAAUACGAUGCUGUUGAUGGGGAGGUCCUGGCAAUCAUGGAAUUAGCUGCGAGGUACCGUGUGCAUAUUUCACCUAUCGAUCCGCCUUCCAAUCCAUUUGGUCUUACACAAGGCAAUUACGAGACCCGUGCAUUGGACAAAGCAAAAUACAAGUUUCAGAUGAUUGUUGCUCCAGAUAGCCAAAACUAUGAAUAUGGAAAUCCCAUUCGAGAGAUGAUAAAUCUCGUGCCAACGAUUGAUAAUAUUAUCAGCGAUGGAUGUGGGGACCUCAGCCAGCUCGAAGGGCAAAGGCCACCUUUGUGGUUAGACAUAAAUGGCAAUCUGAAUCAAGGAAUAUGGCAGUCUGUUGUCUCCGCCGUCGUGGGUAUUGUUGCAAUACGGCCCAACAUCGACGCUGGAGCCAUACAUAGUCAACUCCAACAAUAUCUAGCGAUCUGGGACAUUGAACGUACUCUUGCGUGGCUAGAUCAUGUGGGCCUCGUUGGCCGGGAGGAAUUUAGCAACAAGAAGGUUGUUUGGAGAGUAAAGGAGUACUGGUGGCUAGUUUUGGACACAUGAUGCGGUAUGCACUAUUACUAUACUGAUUGUCUUCAGCCUUCUUGUGCUGGUGUCUUCUGUCUUCUUUUUACCUUGAUCUCGACACAUCUUUCGUUUCUGAAGUGUAUAAAAUAUAUGCUCUGGCAAAAACAUCUAUAAUCUUUUCAAAUGUUUAAAAUAUUACCCUCUGGGGUUGACAAUUUUUCCUCCGAG